GUUGAAAUUCUGCAAUCUCGAAAUGAUGAACUCGAGGCACGUGUAUUUCGGCUUGUCAAAGAUCAUGUUGAGCCGGGUUCUGAGACUAUGGGAAAGGAGAAUUCAAACUCGAUUCCUGGGCAUAGUAAUGAGAUUCCUGUUGGUCCCGACGAUAUUCGAGAGCUUAUUCAACAUUUUGAUAAAAAUCGUUUGCAACUCUCCAAACGUAUUGAUGAGCUACUUCAAAGAGUUUAACAGGCAAUCUUUGUCCCUGUCAUCUGAGGGUCACAUAGUUAACAGACAUUGGCUCUUAAAGCUCUAUUCACGAAUCAGGUUAUUUACAGUAAAAUACGAUAUUCAUGGCUUUAAAAUUAAUCUAUUUAGUAUUUUUUAUGUAUUCUAUAUUUAA